CGUUGACAAAAUAAUUGAACAAUGAUAUGCAUUUUUCUUCACGAACUUGAGAAUAUACAAAUGCAAAUUGGAUAGUUGACAUUUGAUGCACGUUCUUGCACGUUACCUUUCGUGGUAGUUUGGCGCAGACAAGCUUUCACGAUUACUGAGAUGUAAGCAAAACAAAAAGAAGAAGAUGGUAAAACCAAAUGCUAUAUAAAGCCAUGCACAGGUAAUGUAGAAUGACAAAACAAAGCAAACAACAAAACCAACGCAGUGAGGCGUUGGACAAGCAAUCAAAAUAAGAAUGAUAUCUUCUCCAGGGAUGGGGCGUUCUGCCCAUCUUGUUUAUGCUCUUGGUUUUAUUAUCAUGGCCACAAUGGUUGCUGCGUCUUAUGAGCCCUACACGUAUAGCUCACCACCACCACCAUUGUAUGACUCUCCUACACCAAAGGUUGACUAUAAGUCUCCACCACCUCCAUACGUUUACAGUUCUCCACCACCUCCACUAUCGUAUUCGCCAUCUCCCAAGGUAGACUACAAGUCUCCACCACCUCCAUAUGUUUACAGCUCUCCACCACCACCAUAUUACUCACCAUCCCCUAAAGUCGAAUACAAAUCCCCACCACCUCCAUAUGUUUAUAGUUCUCCACCACCACCAUAUUACUCACCCUCACCUAAAGUAGAUUACAAGUCUCCACCACCACCGUAUGUUUACAGCUCCCCACCACCACCAUACUAUUCACCUUCUCCAAAGCCCACAUACAAAUCACCACCACCUCCAUAUGUUUACAAUUCUCCACCACCACCAUACUACUCACCAUCCCCUAAGGUCGAAUACAAAUCUCCACCACCUCCAUACGUCUAUAGCUCUCCACCCCCACCAUACUACUCACCCUCACCUAAAGUAGAUUAUAAGUCUCCACCACCACCGUAUGUUUACAACUCUCCACCACCACCAUACUAUUCACCUUCUCCAAAACCCACAUACAAGUCCCCACCACCACCAUAUAUUUACAGCUCUCCACCACCACCAUACUAUUCUCCUUCUCCUAAACCAGUAUACAAAUCUCCACCACCACCAUACGUCUAUUCCUCUCCACCACCACCAUACUAUUCACCUUCUCCUAAACCAGCAUACAAAUCUCCACCACCACCGUAUGUUUAUAGCUCUCCACCUCCUCCAUACUACUCGCCUUCUCCUAAACCCAUAUACAAGUCUCCACCACCACCGUACGUCUACAACUCUCCUCCACCACCAUACUACUCUCCUUCUCCAAAACCGGCAUACAAAUCUCCACCACCACCAUACGUAUACAGCUUUCCACCUCCUCCAUACUACUCGCCUUCUCCUAAACCCGUAUACAAGUCUCCACCACCACCAUACGUCUACAACUCUCCUCCACCACCAUACUACUCUCCUUCUCCAAAACCGGCAUACAAAUCUCCACCACCACCAUACGUAUACAGCUCUCCACCACCACCAUACUACUCGCCUUCUCCUAAACCAACAUACAAAUCUCCACCACCACCAUAUGUUUAUAGCUCUCCACCUCCUCCAUACUACUCGCCUUCUCCUAAACCCGUAUACAAGUCUCCACCACCACCGUACAUCUACAACUCUCCACCACCACCAUACUACUCCCCUUCACCUAAACCAUCAUACAAAUCCCCACCACCACCAUAUGUUUACAGCUCUCCACCACCACCAUAUUACUCGCCUUCUCCUAAGCUUACAUACAAAUCCUCACCACCACCCUAUGUUUACAGCUCUCCACCACCACCAUAUUACUCUCCUUCUCCUAAGGUUGUAUACAAAUCUCCACCACCACCAUAUGUUUACAGCUCUCCACCACCACCAUACUACUCCCCUUCACCUAAACCAUCAUACAAAUCCCCACCACCACCGUACGUCUAUAACUCUCCACCUCCUCCUUACUACUCUCCUUCACCUAAGGUCAUAUACAAAUCGCCACCACACCCACAUGUAUGUGUUUGUCCCCCACCUCCACCAUGCUACUCUCAUUCUCCAAAGAUUGAGUACAAAUCCCCACCAACACCAUAUGUUUACCACUCACCACCUCCCCCACCUUAUUAUUCGCCUUCGCCUAAACCUGCAUAUAAAUCUUCACCACCACCUUACGUCUACAGCUCUCCACCACCACCAUAUUACUCACCUGCUCCUAAGCCCGUAUACAAAUCUCCACCACCACCAUACGUGUACAACUCCCCACCACCACCAUAUUACUCACCAUCCCCUAAACCUACAUACAAAUCUCCACCACCACCAUAUGUAUACAGCUCUCCACCACCACCAUAUUACUCACCUACUCCUAAACCUACAUACAAAUCUCCACCACCCCCAUAUGUCUACAGUUCCCCACCACCACCAUAUUACUCGCCUUCUCCUAAGCCAACAUACAAAUCCCCACCACCACCAUACGUCUACAGUUCUCCACCACCACCAUAUUACUCACCUGCUCCUAAGCCCACAUACAAAUCUCCACCACCACCAUACGUUUACAGCUCCCCACCACCACCAUACUACUCGCCUUCCCCUAAGCCUACAUACAAAUCUCCACCACCUCCAUAUGUAUAUAGCUCUCCACCUCCACCACCUUAUUACUCUCCUUCUCCAAAGGUUGAGUACAAAUCUCCGCCACCACCAUAUGUCUACAGUUCUCCUCCCCCACCAUAUUACUCUCCUUCUCCAAAGGUUGAGUACAAAUCUCCUCCUCCACCGUAUGUUUAUAGUUCUCCACCUCCACCACCAUAUUACUCUCCUUCUCCAAAGGUUGAGUACAAAUCCCCUCCACCACCGUAUGUCUACAGCUCCCCACCACCACCCACGUAUUAUUCUCCUUCUCCAAAGGUUGAAUACAAAUCUCCACCACCUCCAUAUGUCUACAACUCUCCACCUCCACCGGCGUAUUACUCUCCAUCUCCAAAGAUUGAGUACAAAUCUCCACCUCCACCAUAUGUCUACAGUUCUCCACCACCACCAUCAUAUUCUCCUUCUCCAAAAGCUGAAUACAAAUCUCCUCCUCCCCCAUCCUUAUAUUACUAAAUUAAUUUAUUAAAGUCAUAAAUAAGAUCACCAAGUCUCAUUUGAUGUCCCGUCUAUUUUCUUCUUCUUGGGCUUGAAUGGUUUUAUCUGAUGUCAGAUGAACUCUCUGGUUAUUAAAAUUUUAUUUGCAUUUUUGUUUGUUUUUCUUUCCAUUGUGUAAAAGUUGUUUCAAUCUUGAAAUGUAUCAGUUACAAUUAUAUAUAUUGUUUCUUUAUCUAAAGAAUACUAAUUUACCUAAUUAAUACUCUCUCUUUCUUAUUAAUCUGAAUUUAGAAAACAAG